AUGUUAAAAUAUCCAUUAAGCAACAACGACUUGUUUGGACGGAACCAGAUGCUGGAAACGGCACACGUUACAGUGGAUAAAGAAACGUGUUCCACCGCACUGGUCCUUUAAUUCACCGACCAGCCGCGUGUCUGCCGUCAGCAGCAUCCGCAGCCGCCGCGAUGGCCAUCGAUCCGGCCGUGAAAUGUUCAAAGUAAGAUAUUUGGGGCAAAGCGCGACAUGCGCAAGCAGAGAAAGGCGAGGAACGGGUGUGAUGGCGCGACGAGAGACAUCCCCGGAGCCGUUGAGCAAAUAAGAGCCAGUCCACCUGGAAAGAUCACAUCUGGGACUUGAACGCCACAAUGACGACCAUACAUCGUUCCCACUGUCCCACAAUUAGGAGCAGGAGGUGGAAACCAUAGCAACGAAUGUGUCCUUAGGAUAACUCUCUUUUUUUUAAUCAAAAUUGCAUCAGAGUCUGAUGCAUCAUCCAAGAAUAAGCUUCUGCUCAGUGGAAGGAAGACAUGCUGUUCCAUGAUACUGCCACGGAGGACCAUCUGCUGGAAGACACCUUAAAGUGCAUACCACGACAAUAAUCAAACAUGUUCAUUCUUUUGGGCUGACUUCCCUAAAAAUAGCCGCCAUGGCUUUUUGUAAUGAAAGCCUGCUGGAGGAGGGGUGCGGCUUCAUGGGGCCGGACAUGGUGGAAGAAGCAGCGGAUAGCAUCCCUUCAGAAGCUGCUACUCCCCUCAUACCGGUCACUCUGCGUGUGACCCUGGCCGCCAUAAUGAUCUUCAUGAUUACUAUCGGUUUCCUCGGCAACGCAAUCGUGUGUCUGAUUGUUUACCAGAAACCUGCCAUGCGUUCUGCUAUCAAUCUUCUCCUCGCCACCUUGGCCUUUUCCGACAUCAUGCUCUCCCUGCUCUGCAUGCCCUUCACUGCGGUCACCGUGGCCACUGCCGACUGGAGCUUUGGAAGCGGCUUCUGCCGAGCCUCCAUCAUGCUGUACUGGCUGUUCGUCCUGGAGGGGGUGUCCAUACUCCUCAUAAUCAGCGUGGACCGUUUCCUCAUCAUUGUGCAACGGCAGGACAAGUUGACCCCGCACCGGGCCAAGCUGCUGAUCGCAGGUUCAUGGGUACUGAGCCUCUGCGUGUCUCUGCCGUCGGUGGUCGGGUGGAGGACAGGCGCAGCGGGCAUGGGGGCUGCCUGGGCGCCGCAGUGUGUGCUGGGUUACAGCGACUCUGUGGCAGACCGUGGCUACACGGUGCUGUUGGCCGUCGCGGUAUUCUUCGUACCGUUUGCCGUCAUGCUGUACUGUUACAUGUGCAUCCUCAACACUGUGCGCCGCAACACCCUGCGCAUCCACAACCACACCAGUGAGCAUUCCUGCCUGCCAGCACUCAACCAAGUCAGCAAGAUGAGACUUACUGGCCUGCAGAGGCCCCCGCAGAUCAAGGUGGACAUGAGCUUCAAGACCCGAGCCUUCACCACCAUUCUCAUCCUCUUCGUCGGUUUCUCCGUGUGUUGGUUGCCGCACACGGUGGUCAGCUUGCUGGCCGUGUUUAGCCAGCGGUUUUACUACAGCUCGGUCUUCUACCCAAUCAGCAUAGGAGCCCUGUGGCUCAGCUACCUGAAGACGGUCUUCAACCCCGUCAUCUACUGCUGGAGGAUCAGGAAGUUCAGGGAGGCCUGUCAGGAGUUCAUUCCCAAGAGCUGCCGACUGUGUCCCAGAGUGCCGGGAAGGAGCCGCAGGAGAGUGAGGCCGAGCAACAUCUACGUGUGCAGCGAGACCCAGUCGGCUGUGUGAAACAAGGAGGGCCAGUUCGUUGAUGCCCGUCCAGCAGGUGUUGACACGCACUGUUUUCAACUCUUACUUCCUCCUCAUGAAUAGGAAUCAAAACUCAAUUCAAACACAUGUACUUGUCUUUGACAAAGUAAUCUCAGUGAAAGAAUGAACUUUCAAUUUUGAAGCCAGCACCAUAGUUUUGGAAAUGUACUGCCAAAUAAUUCCAUAUCGUCCAUUGUCAAUUUAGUUCUGCAUUUCAUAAUUAGUCUGUGAUGUGUUUCAUCAUGGUAUUCUGUUCCUUCAGACUUUAGACGAAAGAAAAACCCUGCACAGAAUUAGUGUUCAGUAAUGUUUUCAGAGGAAAGUCUGUAAGCAUUUAACUGACUUCUAAAAAAACAACAUAUAUGCAGCAACAUGGCCCCAUUGUGCGAGUUCAAACUGUCAUUUAAAAACGUG